GCGACCACUCGUACCGCGCGGACCGAAUGGACCACAAACUGACUAACUCACUGGAUCUACUCAUCGGACCUGAUUCCCGUGCGGACAUCGACUCUGAGUAUACAGACACUCUCAACAACUCCAAGAACAGAAGUUUCCUCAAAGGUUUCAGCGUAUAUCCUCCACCGAGCACGCCCCCGGAACCGGCGCCACCUGACCACAGAUUGCACCCGGACUUGUCGCCCGACCUCAACUGUUCGGAGGAAUCCCUCAGCACGCACGAAUCAGAUGGCGGUGUGGGCGGCGCGUGGCAGAGCGCGGCGUACGGCGCACGAGCGUUCACGACGGGCCGCGAGCACCGGCCGCACGCACCGGCGCACCCGCCGCCGCCGCACAGGAGCCGCCACUCGCAGACGCUCAAGCAACCAGGAAAAUUGGACAUGAAUAACUUCUCCAUGGUGAGCGACGCACUGCAGCACAUCACAAUUGGACCCUCACAACCCCACACGAGAGAUAGAAAGUCGCAACGGUCGGGCUGGUCACACGGACAGCAGGCGCAUCAUCACCAUCCUUCCGGCGUCAGCUCUGAGACGGAACUGGACGCGCAAUAUGCACAGAUAAAGGAAACGAACGAAUAUAUGGAAGCGCCUUCUAUGACGAGGCUAAGGAGGCAUCGGAGACACGACAAGACACCGAUGCAUCAGCCAUCGUUUUCGGAGACGGACAGCUCUGGGUCGAGCGAGGGCAGCGCGGGGGGAGCGGGGGGAGCGGGGGGAGGCGGCGCGGCGCGGGCGCACGGCCGGCGCAGGACACACGCGCACCACGCGCACCGGCACUACAAGAAGAGGUCUUUGGGUAAUCUAGUCGCCGUGCAAAGUCCACGCGUUCCAAAACUGGGAAUGUUUGUGGGACCUCCCGAGCUGCCCACAGGCUACAGAGCGCGGACGCAAGAAGAUAAAGCGAGCGAGUCGAGUGACGGCAGUUCGGAGGGAGGCGGAGACGUGCGACGGACGAGGCCCGUGACGCAUGCGCACGCACACCACGACACCGCGGCGUAUAAGUUACUGGUGGGAGAGUACACACCACCGCCGCAGGACAACUCGUCAUCGAGUGCGGCCGACUCUAGGAGAAGACAAGUAUUUAAAACUGACAGGAGGCACAAGGAGUUAACGAAAAAGGAAAAGAAAAAUGCGGCGCAAGUGGCGAACACUACGGUUGCGCAGAAUUGGGGACCACAGGGAUCGCACGGGGUGCCGCUGUUCGUUGAGAAGUGCGUGCAGUUCAUCGAGCGCGAGGGGCUGGCGUCGGAGGGACUCUACCGAGUUCCCGGCAACCGCGCGCACGUCGACAUGCUCUUCACCAAGUUCCACGAGGAUCCCAACGUGGAUAUGGACGCGCUAGACAUACCAGUGAACGCGGUGGCGACAGCGCUCAAGGACUUCUUCUCGAAGAAACUGCCGCCGCUACUUGAUGAGGCCAGCAUGGCGCAGUUGGAGGAUAUAGCUGCGAUGCGCGGCUGUAUAGCGGGCGGGGUCGAGCUGAAGGACAGGAGCUGGCGGCUGCUGGCUCUCCGGGCUCUGCUCAACUCGGCCCUCACGCCUGUCUCCCGCGCCACACUGGACUACCUGCUCAACCACUUCGCCAGAGUGGCGGACAACGCGAAGCUGAACUCAAUGGACAGCAAGAACCUGGCGAUCUGCUGGUGGCCCACGCUGCUGCCCGUGCAGUUCUCGGACAUGGGCCGCUUCGAGAUGACGCGGCCCUACCUCGAGGACAUCGUGCAGACCAUGAUCGACCAGCACCCCUUCCUGUUCCGGGGGCAGGAGGCCUUCGUCAUGGUGUGAGGAACGGGGGAACCCACAAUGCAUGUUGCAUUUGUGAUGGACGACGUCUGACGUCCCUCGCCGGCUGACGUCAGACUGGGACAUGUGUCGUCACGCGUCACCCUAGUGCACGAACCCGCUGUUUACACGCGAUUAUAGGCUUUACUAAGUGCGAUAUACGGUAUACGUGUCCCGAAGGUCUCGUGAUAUGAACGGACAAGGUGAUAGGUUAUUCGUACGAUAUAUUUAUUUUUUACAGGUGUUGUCAUAUCAUAGCUUUGAUAUAUUGCGUAUGGCUUGCGUAUCGAUGUUAGCGCUUUUUUAAACGUUUUUAUAUAAGGGAAUGUCGCCGCGGACGGUUCACGAACCGGACUAUGGAGCGGUUACUGUAAGAAUUGAGCACAAAUAUAUAAUAUGAUCAGUGUAUAUUAAUGGAGUUUUUGUAAGUGUUCUCGGCUGAAUGUUUUAGGCCGUGUUUUUAAUGUAGCUAUAUUAUCGGUUUUUUACGAUCCUCACUGAAAUAUUGUUGAAACAUGGACGCGCUUUUUGGAAGAUAAUAUGCGAAUGAUACCGUCAUUUCGUUUUCCUAUGAUACUCGCACAGUUUUACUCAAAUAUUGAGCAACAAUUAUAUAUUGUGCGAUUUUAUACCGAUGCAAUAAACAUGCAAUAAUUUAAAAUUGUAUUCUUGGUGUUCAUCUGUCUUCACUAGAAAGUCGUGACAAAUGUACGUACUUUGUAGAAAUAAUUCAAUCAACAAUAGUAUCGGAAAAAUUAUAAUAAUACCAAUCUGUUGAGAUGUUUUUUAUAGUUUUUAGUUAUAAAAAAUUUAUUCCUUUCACAAUAUUGUAUUGAAACAAAGAAAUAAAACUACUGACGAAAAUCAUUCACUGCUGUCCUUAGAAUCUUCAUCAAAAUAUUUUAAAUAUCACAUAUUUUUUUUAAUACGUCGUCUUUUAGUCAAAUGUUUGGGGCACAAUACAGUAACAGAGCGGCGAGUGUAGGUAGAUUACGCUUGGCAUCGACUUAAUAAUAGUAUUUUAUUUUUAUUUAAGGUAUCAGGUUUGUAUAAGAGGUGCAUUAAAUUAAAUAUUUAAAAUUAUUUCAUAAUUUUUAGUUUUUGAAGUCGGUCUUUUUUUAUUUCCUAAAGUUUAAACGUGCCAUCCUUUUUACAUCAUUUCACGUGUCAGUGUAUUAUCGUCAAUAUUUUUUUCUGUUUUGUUAGUAUAUAGCGUAUCUAUAUAACUGCAUUAAUAUGAAACGUAAUUUCUUUGGCUGUGAUUGAAAUACUCCGUUAUAUAUUAUAAAAUAAGUAAUACAAACGUGAAUAAUUUUCUGUUAAUAUUGUUGAUUGAAGGCAAUGGCGUUCUAUACAUAUAGACAAAUCACGUCGUAUAAAAAGAAAGCCAAAAUAUGGAACAUUCCACAAAUAACACCAUAAUACGCUUCUAUAUCUACACAUUGCUGCAUUUACUCCAGUUGUUUAAUAUAUUCUUGGUCAAUAAGCAGCAAUGUAAAACAUUUAUUCAGUUCAGAUUUGAUUCGGACAGUGACAGUUGAUACACGACUAAGGAGAAAACUGUGCUUACAAUUAUCUUUAAGCACACUUACUUUGUCGUUACGCUAUCAGACUGCGGAUGAUAUAUCCUUGUAUGUGAAUAUAGAACGUUAUUGAUUGAAGGUUGUAAUUGGUCUCGAAAUGCAUUCCGUUCGCUUUGACGAUGUUAAAGUUAAUAAUAACAACCGGUAUAAUAUAUUGUUGUAAUGUUAAUGUAUAGUGAAAGGAUUUAGUUUAUAACUUAUUUGAGGAUUUUGUGUGAUUUAGCUACAAACAAACUCUAACAUCUCUUUAAAUUUCAAGAUUACUUCAAUUUAAGAUUACUUUUCAAUAUGUCAAUCUCAGUGUCCAAAUCCAUUUAGUAAACUUAUAUGUAGCAUGUGUACGUUAUAACUAUCUAUAAUUAAUACCACACUGUCUUCCCAGCAUAGAUGGAUUGAAGAAACAGAUCAACAUAUCUAUAAUUCCUUUAAUGGUAUGCUAGAAAUAGUACUGAUUUGAAAAAUUUAAGCCUCAAUUGAAUAUUAGUAUGAUUCCAUGGUGCACAAAUUAAAGCUUCUUCACGUAACGUAAUUGUUUAGUCCGAUUAAUUUAUACGUCUUUUUUUUUUAUAUAUAUAU